CCCCGCCCGGCCGCGAUGGAGGCGCCGCCCGCGGGCCGCGUUCCCGCCGAGGGCGCCCCGCCGGCGGCCGUGGCCGAGGUGCGCUGCCCGGGCCCCGGGCCGCUGCGCCUGCUCGAGUGGAGGGUUGCGGCGGGCGCGGCCGUGCGCAUCGGCUCGGUGUUGGCGGUGUGUGAGGCCGCCGCCUCCGCGCAGCCCGCGGGGUCCGCCCCUGCCCGCGCCGGCUCUGGGGGCUGCGUGCGCGCCGAGCGCAGGCUGAGGUCGGAGCGUGCCGGUGUGGUGCGGGAGCUGUGCGCGCAGCCGGGCCAGGUGGUGGUCCCCGGGGCGGUUCUGGUACGGUUGGAAGGAUGUAGCCACCCGGUUGUCAUGAAAGGCCUGUGUGCUGAGUGCGGCCAGGACCUAACCCAGCUGCAGAGUAAGAACGGGCAGCAGCAGGUCCCUCUGUCCACAGCCACUGUGUCCAUGGUGCACAGCGUCCCGGAGCUGAUGGUGAGCUCUGAGCAAGCUGAGCAGCUGGGAAGGGAAGACCAGCAGCGUCUACAUCGAAACAGAAAGCUGGUGCUCAUGGUGGACUUGGACCAGACGCUGAUCCACACGACCGAGCAGCACUGCCAGCAGAUGUCGAACAAAGGCAUCUUCCACUUCCAGCUGGGCCGGGGCGAGCCAAUGCUGCACACCCGCGUGCGUCCCCACUGCAGGGAGUUCCUGGAGAAGAUUGCCAGGCUGUACGAGCUUCAUGUCUUCACCUUUGGGAGCCGGCUGUAUGCCCACACCAUUGCAGGCUUUUUAGACCCUGAAAAGAAGCUUUUUUCUCAUCGAAUAUUAUCAAGGGACGAAUGUAUUGACCCGUUUUCUAAAACAGGGAACCUCAGAAAUCUCUUUCCCUGUGGAGACUCAAUGGUCUGCAUCAUUGAUGAUCGAGAAGAUGUCUGGAAGUUUGCCCCCAAUCUGAUCACCGUGAAGAAAUACGUCUACUUCCAGGGCAUAGGAGACAUCAACGCUCCCUCUGGGUCUCGGGAGUCCCAGGCAAGAAGGAAAGUAAAUCAGUCUUCAAGAGGUGCUGAUGGCCCAGAACAAGCUCCGUCCAUCAGGGAGAUCGAGGAAGGACGGCAGGUUUCUGGGGUUGAGCAAAGUAAUGGCCUUGGGAAGCCCAUGAGGGAGCUCAAUGGGGGCGCCUCUCCACGAGGGGACUGGCCCCUGCCUGGGCAGGAGGAGGAGAGAGGAGCCCGGCCCACCACCCGUGGCCCCUUGGCUGAUGGCAAGGGGCCCCCCGCCUGUGCUCAGCAGCAUGGUCGGACAUUGCCGGAAAAGCGACCUGCUCAGGGCACGGCCAGUGGUGACCUGGACUUUGACCUCUCCAGCGACAGCGAAUCAGACGCCCAGUCAUCUGAUGGUGAAAGCGGGGAGGGGAAAAGCCUGGAAAGGCCUCAAGGAGCACGAGAUGCAGGAAAGGCGGCACAGCGGGGCGGCCCCUCUGGCCCAGGAGGGGAGAGGCCCACAGGAGUGAGUCCAUGUGCAGAGUCAGCCCCAGAUGCGCAGGAGGAGGGCGAGCGGGAUGGCCUAUGCGGGCUGGCCGGUGGCUCCGCGGACAGGAAGGAAGCCGAGACGGAGUCGCAGAACAGCGAGCAGUCGGGCAUCACGGCGGGCGAGUCUCUGGACCAGAGCGUGGAGGAAGAGGAAGAUGACGAGGACGACGGGGACGAGGACGACCACCUGGUCUACCUGGAGGAGAUCCUUGCCCGAGUGCAUUCCGACUACUAUGCCAAAUAUGACCGGUACCUCCGUGGGGACAGCCAGGAAGCCCCCGACAUAAGGAAGAUCGUCCCAGAGCUCAAGAGCAGAGUGCUGGCAGACGUUGCCAUAAUAUUUAGUGGGCUACACCCAACAAAUUUUCCGAUCGAGAAGACACGGGAGCAUUACCAUGCCACGGCCCUUGGAGCCAAGAUCCUCACUCAGCUAGUGCUGGACCCUGACAACCCCGACAGGGCCACCCACCUGAUCGCGGCACGUGCAGGCACAGAGAAGGUGCGCCAGGCCCAGGAGUGUGGGCAGCUGCAUGUGGUCAACCCCGACUGGCUAUGGAGCUGCCUGGAGCGCUGGGACAGGGUGGAGGAGCAGCUCUUCCCUCUCAGGGACGACUAUGGCCGAGCGCAGAGAGAAGACGGCCCAGCAGCCUUUCCUGACAGGCAGGGUGCACUUCCCACUGCCUUGUUCCACCCGACGCCCGUCCACCCCAGGACCCAACCAGGGCCGGAAGUUCGCAUCUAUGACGCCAAUACGGGCAAGCUCAUCCGGAAAGGUGCUGUGGGCCCUGGGCCCCCUGGCUCCCUGGCGGUGCACACGGAGCACUCCUCCUUCAGAGUGGUUCAGCCGCCGCGGCAGAUGCUUGCGCAAGAGCUGCCAGAUAGCCGACCUGGAGAGCAGCCCGGCCCCAGUGGACGGAAGCGACAGCCCAGCAUGUCAGAGACAAUGCCGCUGUACACGCUGUGUAAGGAGGACUUAGAGAGUAUGGACAAAGAGGUGGAUGACAUCCUAGGAGAGGGCAGUGACGACAGCGACAAUGAGAAGAGGAGACCAGAGGAGGAGCGGAAGGAGCGGCCCCCACCCCGGGAGCCCCAGGCCACACCCGAGGCCACACCAAGCAGCGAGAGGACCAGGGCAGGCAGCCGGGGGCCCAGGGCUGUGCUCAGGCUGGACCCUCAGAGGCUUCCCCCUAAGGAAAGUGACUUUGCCAGAACAGCCAAGCUGGUCAUUAGGCACACAGCAGCUGCCCUGGCCACAGAGAGGCCUGACCCAGCUGCUGCAGCACAGGAACCACAAGGCCUGAUUCCACACAAUGGAAAAGAGGCGGUGGGAGAAGUUGCUGGUGUGCACGGCCCAACCUUGGAGCCCACAGAGCGACUCCCACAUGACCUCCAGAGGUGCACAACCACCGCAGGUGCGCUCCUGGGACCGAAGGACCGUGCAGGGAAAUGAGAGCAAGUAGAUGGACGAUGCUGCGAAAUGCAGCAGGGGCCCAAGGGUCGAUGGGAACCACAGAAGAAAGAAUUAGCAGUGUGGCAUGUGUGCUCAGAGACAUGGGGCCAUGGUAAGCUCUCCCACACGCCCACAGCAGGAGCAGAGGAGCACGAAGGCAGAAGGGCAGGAAACCUCCACCUGGAUGGAAGGCAUUCCCACACGCCUAGAAAGCUCGACUCCACGCAGGGUCAGCCAGAGAUCCACACCCAGACACGUUGUGGUAACAGUGCUGAAAGCUGGAGACCACACACAUGGACAGCCGAGAGCACCUGCAGGACUGGCAGCCAGCUUCCCGUCAGAGACACAGCACAUCCAGUAUUGGAGAGGACCCCACAACCAGACAAAACUCCAUCAAAAGUGAUGGUGUGAUGAGGAUGUUCCCAGCUGGGAUCGUCUCUGAAGAGAAUUGGUUGCAAGCCAGCUUGCCUCACGAGAAAGACCGAAAGGAGCUGUCGUGCCGGGAAGCCAGGGACCUAGACAGAGCAGCAUCCACACAAACACCUUGAGCACCGUGCGGGGAUCAGGGAAUCAUCAGGCAGCUUGAAUUUAUACUUUUCUUCUUUCUUCAUGUCAUCGACACAAGGAGCAGUUGUGGACGGUGCUGUGUAUGGAGUUGUCAGUGGGGCCUGUGGUGGAGAGCCGGAGUGUUCACUAGUGAC